GUUUGACAGCUCUAAAAAUAGUUCCCCGGACCAGUUUGGCCUUAUCAAGUUCCAGCUGACUUCUACAACUGAUACAGGCAGGGGGGAUUUGUCAGAAACUAGGAAAAAUCAAGGAGUUCUCUCAUCGUGGAUCCCACUUCAUCUGACCUGAUGGAGGAAACUGUGUUGGAGGAACCUAUCUGUGAAGAAGCCAUAUUGGCUGAAGAAAUCCCAGAGGUGAAGCCCGCAGCAAUGGUGAAUAAGAAUGGUGUGAAAGCGGAGGCUGCUACUGCUAGUGGGGGUGUUGCUAGUGGGGGUGGAGGUGCUGCUAGUGGUUUUAGCGGCACUAAGAUCUUCACCUGGUUCAUGGUUCUGGCUCUGUUGGGGGUGUGGAGCUCCGUGGCCGUGGUGUGGUUAGAUCUGGUGGACUACGACAACGUCAUUGGUAAACUUUCAGCGUAUGACGCAGAUGGCGACGGUGAUUUCGAUGUGGAGGACGCCAAAGUACUACUUGACGAGAAAGAGGUCAAAACUGCUGCUCCCAAAAAGGAAAUGCUGAAAAAAGAGGACAAGAAAAAAGCUGAGAAUAUUGUAGAGGUUCCCGUUCCAAAAACAGAAAAGACAAAAGGUAGCCUACUCUUUAAUGGUGAUCAGAGUCCUGGAGAGGUGGCUUCUAAAAAGAACAGAACAAAAGGAGUGAAGGAGAGGCCGGUUUCUCUGGUGCAGAAGGAAGCCAAGGAAGAAUCUGCUGUGGAGGAACAAACCGAGCCCAUUGUGAAGGAAGUCAUCCAGACAACAGAGGGGACUGAGGAAGAAGGUCAGCUUCCACUGAACCCAUCACAGGAGCAGCAGGCCCCUGAAGGUGAGAGUCCGGACGCAGUGGGAACUCCAGCCAAAUCAGAAGAUGCAACUGAGGAAUCUUUUGAGGGGAAACUGGCGGUUGAGGCAGGAUCGUUUGAAGCAGAGGCUGCUGUCCAGGUAGAGGAAAGAAAUGCAGAGGACCAACCAGAGGAUAUGCUCAAAUACAAAGCCAAGAAGAAGAAGCCUAAACUCCUGAAUACAUUUGAGAAAACGAUCAAGUCGGAAAUUGACGCGGCUGAGAAGUUACGUAAAAAGGGGAAAGUGGAGGAGGCUGUCCGGGCUUUUGACACUCUAGUUCAGCAGUACCCCCAGAGUCCAAGGUGUCGCUAUGGGAAAGCCCUGGCCGAAGAUGACCUGGCAGAGAAGAUGCGCAGCAACGACAUGCUGCAGAAGGCCCUCAGCACGUACAAGGAGGCGUCAGAGCUGCCCAACGCCACGCCUGACCUCAUCAAGGCCACACUGAAGAAACGGGCCGAGCGUCAGCAGUUCUUAGGUCGUAUGAGGGGUGCAUUAGCCACGUUGGAGAAGUUGGUACAGAUCUUCCCUGAGGACAUGGCCCUGAAGAACGAUCUGGGCGUGGCUCACCUGCUCAUCGGAGACAACAAGAGCGCCAAGAGGGUCUACGAGGAGGUGUUGGCCAUUGCACCAAGUAACGGCUUUGCUAAAGUCCAUUACGGCUUCAUCCUCAAAUCAGAAAAUAAGAUAGCAGAGAGCAUCCCAUUCCUCAGGGAUGGUUUGGAAUCAGGGGACCCUGGCACAGACGAUGGCAGAUUUUACUUCCACCUCGGAGACGCUUUGCAAAGAAUGGGAGACGACAGUGCCUACAAGUGGUAUGAGAGAGGGCACCAGAGAGGUCACUUUGCCUCAGUAUGGCAGCGAUCUCUCUACAAUGUGGACGGUCUCAAAGCCCAGCCAUGGUGGACGCCCAAGGACACUGGCUAUAUGGAUCUAAUCAAGACCCUGGAGAGGAACUGGAGGACCAUUAGGGACGAGGCCCUGUCAGUGAUGGAUCAAACCACCGGCCUCUUUGUUCCAGAAGAGGAGAACCUCAGAGAAAAAGGGGAGUGGGGCCAGUUCACACUCUGGCAGCAAGGCAAGAAGGCAGGGGAGUCCUGCCACAGUGUUCCAAAGACCUGCGGCCUGUUGGAGCGCUACCCAGAGGCAACAGGCUGCAAGAGAGGACAGAUCAAGUUCUCGGUGAUGCAGCCUGGUACUCACGUCUGGCCCCACACGGGGCCCACGAAUUGUCGCCUGCGCAUGCACCUGGGCCUGGUCAUCCCCAAGACAGGCUGUAAGAUCAGGUGCACCAACGACACCAGGGCUUGGGAGGAGGGGAAAGUGCUCAUCUUUGAUGACUCCUUUGAGCACGAGGUGUGGCAGGACGCCAACAGCUACCGGCUCAUCUUCAUCGUGGAUGUGUGGCACCCCGAGCUCACCCAGUACCAACGGCAGACUCUCUCCCCCAUUUAAAGAAUGUACGGUAAAAUGACUGACAGACAGACUGUCACCUACUGGAGUGCUGGGGUUAACACUCAUAAGAACGGAAGGGUCCAUAGUAUCUGGUCUCUGUCUGUCCACACAUUCCUUCACAUUCGGCCAUUUUAGGUCAAAGGUGACAAAUGUGACACUUGCCCUUGCUCAGUCAAGGACUUCAUUUUGGAACCGUCUAGAAGAGUUACUGAAGGCCCUGUCAGAUUGGAAAAAGCCUUAGUGACACUUUGGAACACUGACUGCUAACUGUGGUACUCGCCAACUUGGUUUUUAGGUCAAAAUGUGGACUUACAGUAAGGUGUGGGCUUAAUAUCACAUAGGCUGUGUUGUAAAUGUAUCACAAGUGCAUUCUUGUUUUUCAUUAGUCAACCAAAGUGCCAUGUGUCUGAAACAUACCUAACAUACAAACGGUAACUGAACAAAACUUUAGUAUUGCAGCUAGUGAGUUUACUGUUGUAUAGUUACUGAUAUCAUUUCUUAAAGAGAUCGUUUUUGUGGUUUUUAUCCCAAUCUUAAUCGUUUUCUUUCCUCAAGAAAAGUUAUUUGAUGAUUUUCAUGUUCAAGUCUUCAAAAACGUGAGGUAAGAACGCAAAUAAGAUUAGAGUAACACGGAAAACUAUCCCGUUAAGAUGUUGCUAAGCUAGCUAAACCUCUGCUAGCUGUUGUUUCUCUAACACUUGAUUGGUUAUUACACAGCUCUUAUUGCAUGUAAUGGUCAUGCAUUAACUUCAUGUUACUUCCAUAGCUUUAUACAGUAAUCUGCAUCUUACUUUAUUUUGGGGUUCUAUUUUUAGUAAUACAGAAACACUGCUUAUUAGGUCAUUCCAUUUCACUCGUUUGAUUUUCGCAUGUCACUUUAGAUUAAUGGAUGGGACAUCACAAUGCCAAGAAUGUUUUUAUUGCAGAAUUAAUAUUGUAAAAAAACAUAUUUUUGUACGCUGACAUAUUUUCAACUGUGCCUUGACCUGGGAGCACACACAGCCCAUUAUACUAAACAGGCUUGUCUUUGUCAUUUAAAGUCCUGCCAAACUCGUGUAUUUACAUUCUUAAAUGUAUCAGAUAUGAACAUUUUGACUGAAGGCAUAUAUUUUGUACAUGCAUAACAUUUGAAUGUUUUAUAAAAUGCUAAUUUACCUGUGUAAAAGUUAGGCAGGAGCAUGUUGAAUGUACACCAGUCUUGUCACACUGCAUUCCAAGCCUGGGUCAAAAACAUGUCAAAUACUUCCCAAUACUUCAAAUGCGCUUCAUUUAGUUUGCCUUGUACAAUGGAAUAGUCCCUAAGAGGAGAAGUCUGAGCUAAAUAAAGUGCACUACAUAGGGCUAUACUUGAGUAUUAGAAAGCAUUUCACCCAGGUCUGCUGCAUUCCAGGUAUAGCAAAGCUGACUAGAAGGGGUCUUUGCUUGACCAAUGUUGAUUUUCAAAAGGAAAAAGAAAUGCCGAAGCAUAUUCUUCUAGAUGUUGUUAUUUAAUCACUCUCUAUGUGCGUUGGUAAUCCGCUUCAUCGCAGCAAUGAAAUCAUGUCCAAAUCAGUCCAGUGGGAUUCUGCUGAGUUCAUGUGCUAUCAGAAUAAUCAGAAACUCAGGACUAAGAAAUUCCUGGCAAGCCCGCGGACUCAUCAUAACUACCUGUUUCAGAUGUCCAAAACCGCUCAUACUGAUCUUACGGGUAGGAAAUACGAGUGGGAAACUGGGGUAACAUCAAUGUACCCCACGUUUCCUUCUUCAGAGGAGUAUGUAAACAUAUCAUAAUGCCAUGGGUAGGAGUCAUUCGGAAGGACUAUUGGAUGUCAUCCU